GUUCCAGGGGAGGGAAAGGCACACCCACCCACGCCGAGCGGGGUGCGGCCCUGAGUUCCCACAUUUCGGGUCCUGGUGCGAGUGCCCAGUCCACCCCAGGAGUCUGCGCACAGUAAACAGGGCCUCAAGUAUAUACUAGUGUGUCCCCAUCUCCCUUGCUGUGAUGGGUUUGAUAAUUCCCUAAAAAUGAGCCACUGACCUCAUUUCUAAUUUCCAGCUUUCCCUAAUGAACUUAUUUAUUGUGGGGGUCCCCUGCCCCUCCAUCUGGAGUGGUACCUAACAGUUUUGGUACGCCCCCUCAUCCCCCUUACAGCUGGAUACACUAAGUUUUAUUAGCUGUCACUUAAAAGAGGAUACACAAAACUGCUGGUGACCAUGGUCCAUCUGCACUGCUUUGUGUUGGCUUGACAACUGGACUUCCCUGGGAGUUUGUCAGGCUCAGGAAGACCUUCAAUCCUUGCUGAGAAAUGACAUCCCUGCACCUCCAGCCUGGGUUCUCUCGUGGGGCCCCACCCCCAGCACUGCCGAGGGAAGAUGUCAGAAAAACUGAGAAGAUGCAGGAAGGAGCUGACCGCAGCCAUUGACCGGGCCUUUGAGGGAGUCAGUCGGGCCCAGCAGAGCGCGGGCCGGCAGAGGCCGGAGGCGGACGCCGCGCUGCGCUCCUUCCCCGCAGCGGGGCGCGGGCCGCGCUGCCCGGGGCAUCCGCUCGCUGCCUCCCGCUCUGCUGCAGCUUUCGCUCCCGUCCCCUGCGCUCCGGAGACCGAGAGCCCUGCCUCUGCCCCAAACCUUCCCCCAGUAAAUGCAAAGCCACACGCUUUGUGCCCCCAGAGAAAACCUCUGACCAGCAAGGAAAACGUAUUAAUGCAUUCCUCCAUCUUGGCGCCGGAAAGACAGUUUUGGAGAGCAGCAGGAGACGGGGAGAGCUGGAGGAAGGACAGUCUGAGGAAAGAAACGGAGAAAGAUUCCAAGGUUGACUCAAACUUGCCACUCAGCAACUCUAGCCAAGAGGUUACCAAGGAUCUGCUUGAUAUCAUCGACAAUACAAGCAUCCGGACUAUUGAAGAACUGGCUGGAAAACUAGAAUUUGAAAAUGAGUUGAACCGCGUGUGUGAUCCCUGCAAAGAUCUGCCCUUCACGGAGGAAGCCUGGGCCCUGCUCAUGGCCGAGGGCCCGCAGGAGCUCACAGAGGCUGAGCCCGGCGGCCUCAGGCAGGCUUUCGACGAUCACAGUAUUGUGGAGACGAUUCUGGACUUGGAAGAGGACUACAACUUGAUGGCCCCGUUUAAGUACCAUGCUGAGUGAGGCCAGCUGACUUGGGCUUUGACUCCUCCCCGCCGGAGGCUGCUGUUCAGUGGCUGCAGAGGCAGCCAGUCACAUGUUUCAAAGGGUUGGUAGAAUCUGAAUCACCACACCCUUCUUUUAAAAAAUUUUUAUUGAUUUUGAGAGAGAGAAACAUUGACUUAUUGUUCCACCCAGUUAUGCAUUGAUUGGUUGAUUCUUAUAUAUGCCCCGACUGGGGAUCAAACCCACAACCUUGUCAUGUAGGGAUGACUCUCUAACCAACUGAGCUACCAGGCCCGGGUCAUCACACCCUCCUGACUUCCUGUGUUCCUUGCUGAGCUGAAAGCCCAGUUGUGUGUUUUUGAUCCUCUUGCUUUGAAAUGUUUGUUCCUGUUCAUUUUUUUUCACUGAACAUUUGGGUGGAGGUCAAUAUACUCAGAACUCAAGGCAGGUGUGGGCCGAGGCCUCGCCAGUGAGCCCCUGGAAACUGCCGCGGCCACCACCAGGCGGGCCUCUGGACCCGCCCACCCCAGGCCAGCUCGUCUGACACGGCGGACCUGGGCUCCAGAAGGACCCUGGCCCUAGGCCCUCUGCCUCCCUCCCUUUGCACUCUUUACACACCACUCUGUACACAGGGGGCUGCUGGUUCCCGCCUGGGCCCCUUCCCUCCUCAUCUCCAGGCCGACUCCCCUCCAUCUCCGCCCCCCAUCCCUGCCCCUGCCCAGCUCAAAGGCCUCUUUGUUGUGUCGAAGGGGCUGGUAGCACCCCUGGUCCCCUCCUGACAGGACAUUCUCAAGAGGCCUCCCUGCCACACAUUGUGCACCUGACACCUGGGCACUGCUGAGGAGGGGACAGGGAAAGGCACGCCCAGGGCCUGCGCAUCCACCGUUACUCCUGAGCCUCGUCCCUCCUGCUGCAGGUCUGGGGGCCCUGAGGUUCCCGAGGCAACCACCCGACAGGGCCAGACAGGCAGGGAGCGAAGGAGGGGCCAGGUCCUGCUCUUCUGAGGUCAGCACAGCCCCAAAAGCUUAGCAGGGCUGGCUCCAGUCCCCUCCCUGGAAAGGACAUUAUCAAAUUAUUUGGACAAUGCUCUCAAAACCGUGGCAUUCCCUCGGAAACCUAACAAGCUGCCGGGCAAGGCAAGACGCCUCUCAGAAACAGGCUCUGGGCAGUGCUCACGACUCCCGGUGGGUGGGGAAGAGCUGAGGAGGAAGGCCCCGCCGCCCAGGCACCCCCAGGACAGUUUUGAAGCUCAUGACCUCACAAAGGGCAGGCUGCGGGACCAGGGACACACGCUUCAUCGGGCGAUCCCUCUGGGCUCAUAGGUGGAAACCACACGCCCACUCCUUAGGGACAGAUGCUGGCACCUGCCUGCACCCUGGAAACCAGCCCUGGUCGCUGGGGGGUGGGCUUUCCCGGUGGCACAGCUGCCACUGCAGAGGGCCCUCAAUAAACACAACCUGUGGAGUUGGGGUCUAGUUUCCUCUCCGGAGCAGGAGGAACAAGAGCACGUGAACUGCUCAGAGCACCCCCUGCUGCCCGCUCUGAGGAGAGGGGGCCCUCUUGUCUGGAGAGAGAUGUCAGGCCACUCGAUAUGCAAAACACCAGGCCUCGCACCGGCGCAUUCCAAACACUGCGUUGCUGUGGAAACCCUCCCUGGAGGAGCUGGAGCCUAAUCCCCAUCCCCCCCAUCACUGCCUGUCCCCGCCCCUCCACAACAUGAGCAAGACUUGGUGACUUGCUCCCCCAGAAUAGAGUAGGGAAGGGGCAAACGAGAGCUGUGCAUGGAGAGGCCCAAGCACCGAAGGUGAAUGCCAUCGUGAUGUUCUGUGGGUGUCUCCCAGCCCCGACAGGGUGUGACACCCUGUCAGGGGGGUGCUCUGCCUCUGCGGUGUUCUUACCGAAUGUCCGAGCGACCCAGGUUGGAGGACGUUCUGCAGCACACCUGGCCAGCGCUCGGGACCAUCACAGUCAUGAAAAGCAAGGAAAGACUCAAACUGUCACAGACCGGUGGGGACUGAGGAGACACAGUGACUGGAAGCAACGGAUUGCCUCCUGGAGCAGAAAGCGGGCAUGACUGGAAAAGCCGACGAAAUCUAAAUGAAAUUUGGAGUUCAGUUCCUGUGAAUGCGCGUUCCUUUCUUAGAUGUGACGAACCUUCUAUGGUCAUGUAAGGUGUGAGAUCGGGAAGCGGGGGAAAGGGAAUGCGCCAACUCACUACAGAGGCAGCUUCCCUGCUCAUCUACAGUCACCCCGAAGUGGAAAGUGUAUUUUCUUUUUAA